UACACCAGAUCAGAAAUGAACACUUACACCUGGCAGCCAUCACAGCUCCAGUGCUCGGGAAGUAUGGAUUUCAGAGAACUCCGCUUUGCCCGUGCCAUGCAGUUCAGUAUCCACGAGAUCAACAACAGAUCAGAUCUCCUACCAGGCAUCACGUUAGGAUACCAGAUACACGAUUCAUGCUCUUCUGUGCCCAUGUCUAUAAAAGUUGCGUUUCAGUUCGCAAACGGCGUGGAGUCAGCAUUUAAUGACACAGAUAUAUGUUCAAAAUCUGCAGCUGCACCUGCGAUCAUAGGCGAAUCUGCGUCCACGCCAUCAAUAAGCAUGGCUAGAACACUAGGGCUUUUUGGAAUUCCACAGGUGAGUCAUUACGCGACCUGCUCAUGUCUGAGUGAUAAACUGCAGUAUCCUGCCUUCUUUAGGACCAUACCUAGUGACCAACACCAAGCAGCUGCACUGGCAAAAAUGGUCAAGCAUUUUGGUUGGACAUGGAUAGGAGCAGUGCGCAGCGACUCCGAUUAUGGAAAUUAUGGAAUGGCGUCGUUUCUAAAGGCUGCGCAAGCGGAGGGGAUUUGUGUGGAGUAUUCUGAGGCUUACUAUAGGACACAACCGCGUAGUAAACUAGAAAGAGUGGCAAACGUGAUCCGCAGAUCAACAGCCCGCGUUAUAGUAGCAUUUAUUGCAUCUGGAGACAUGAGGUUUCUCUUAGAGGAGCUGGCACGACAGCCACCACCGCCGCUUCAGUGGAUUGGAAGCGAAACGUGGAUCAUAGAGCCCGAGUUGCUGCGCUAUAACAUGUGCGCCGGCGCUAUAGGGUUCGGGAUUCCCAAGUCAGUUAUACCUGGGUUUCGUGAGUUUCUGCUAGACCUGACGCCAACAGAAGCAUUAAAAUCACCUAUGUUAACAGAAUUUUGGGAAAGCUCGUUCAGCUGUAAACUUAAAGGGCAAACAGAUGUCACUGAGGGCCCACGGCUGUGUGAUGGCAGUGAGGACAUCCGUGCCCUGAAUAACGCGUAUACAGACACGUCUCAGUUGCGCGUCACCAAUAUGGUGUAUAAAGCAGCAUAUGCCAUAGCGUAUGCUAUACACGGAUUAAUUUGUAACGACACCCAAUGUGACAAAAAUAUAAAAUUUACACCAUGGCAGAUCCGUAACCAGCUCAGGAGACUGACCUUUACUACAAGAAAUGGAUUUCAGGUCUCAUUUGAUUCGAACGGAGACCCUCCGGCUCUAUAUGAACUCAUAAAUUGGCAGGUUGAUAAGGAUGGCAGUUUGAAUUUCAUAACAGUGGGCCAAUAUGAUUCAUCCAAACCAACAGGACAGGAGUUCAGAAUGACCAGAAAUAUCAUUUGGGUUGGUGCACAAACAGAGGUACCAAAGUCUGUGUGCAGUGAACGCUGUCCUCCAGGCACAAGAAAAGCUGUGCAGAAGGGAAGGCCUGUGUGCUGUUAUGACUGUAUUCAGUGUGCUGAAGGAGAGAUUAGCAACAACACAGAUUCAUUGGAUUGUUUGCGCUGUUCUCCUGAGUUUUGGCCCAACAUCAAGCAAGACAGCUGCCUCCCCAAGCCUGUUGAGUUCUUGUCCUGGGACGACACUCUCAGCAUCAUCCUAACAGUGUUCUCCAUCGCUGGGGCCUUCAUGGCUGUGUGUGUGGCUGCUGUCUUUUACAAGCACAGGGCAUCUCCUAUUGUUAAAGCCAACAACUCUGAGCUGAGCUUUUUAUUGCUUUUUUCUUUGACUUUGUGUUUUCUUUGUUCACUUACUUUCAUUGGACAGCCAUCUGAGUGGUCCUGUAUGCUGCGCCACACAGCGUUUGGGAUCACAUUUGUGCUCUGCAUCUCCUGUGUUCUGGGGAAAACGUUAGUUGUUCUAAUGGCCUUCAGGGCUACACUUCCAGGCAGUGAUGUAAUGAAAUGGUUUGGACCACCACAGCAGAGACUCAGUGUACUCGCCUUCACUCUCAUACAGGUUCUUAUUUGUGUACUUUGGUUAACAAUAUCUCCUCCUUUCCCUUUCAAAAACAUAAAACAGUACAAGGAAAGAAUUAUCUUAGAGUGUGGCUUGGGUUCUACCAUUGGAUUCUGGGCUGUACUGGGAUAUAUAGGAGUCUUGGCACUUUUGUGUUUUAUCUUGGCUUUUCUAGCUAGGAAGCUGCCUGAUAAUUUUAAUGAAGCCAAAUUCAUCACAUUCAGCAUGCUGAUAUUCUGUGCAGUUUGGAUCACAUUUAUUCCUGCUUAUGUCAGCUCUCCUGGAAAAUUCACUGUAGCUGUAGAGAUAUUUGCUAUUUUGGCUUCAAGUUUUGGUUUGAUUAUUUGUAUUUUUGCUCCCAAAUGUUUCAUCAUUAUUUUUAGGCCAGAUCAGAAUACCAAAAAGCACCUUAUGGGUAAAGUACCCGCUAAGGCUCUUUAA